AUGGCUUUCAAUGAUGCUAUAAAAGAUAUAUCAUACGGUGGUAUUGCUGGAAGUCUUGCUAAAGUUAUUGAAUUUCCCUUUGAUACUAUCAAAGUUAGAUUACAGUCUCUGCCAAAUUUUCAACAUGAAUCAACCUGGACCACCAUUAAAUAUACUUGGAAUAAAGAAGGUUUGGUAGAUGGGUUUUAUAAAGGAUUAAAAGCUCCAAUGAUGGGUGCUUUCAUGGAAAGCGCAGUGCUUUUCCUAUCUUAUAAUUCAUCUACAAAUUGCUUAUCAAACUUAACCAAUAGUUCAAAAGAUUUAUUAUGGAUUCAAAGUUUAAGUGGUGGGUUUGCUGGGUUUUUUGCAUCUUUCGUAUUAACUCCAGUUGAAUUAAUUAAAUGUAAUUUACAAGUAUCCAAUCUUAAUACUAAUCAUAAAACUUAUAACUAUUCUUCAAUGAUAAAACAAGUCUUGAGAAAUGAUGGAAUAACCGGGUUAUGGAAAGGUCUUAGCUCAACCAUCAUUAGAGAAAGUGGUGGUACCGCUAUUUGGUUCAGCACUUAUGAAGUAUCAGUUAAAUAUUUAAACCAAAUUAAUCCUGAUUUCGAAAGUUUUAACCUUUUAUCUAGUGGUGCAUUAUCCGGUAUCACUUUCAAUUUAUCAAUGCACCCAAUUGAUACCAUUAAAUCAAACAUUCAAACUUUUGAUAUGUUAAAUCAAAACCUGAAAGUUAAACCUGAUUUCGUACAAACAACUAGGAAAUUGGUUCAAACGGGUGGUAUCAAAAGUUUAUAUCAUGGAUUAGGUAUAACCUUGAUUAGAGCUAUACCUGCUAAUGCCAUGAUUUUUUACCUUUAUGAUUUCUUAAAGAGAAAUUUUUAA